AUGUCUGCCUACCUCACCACUCGUAUCUCGCCCGCUCCCGCAAAGAGCGAUACUCUAUACAACAAAGCGGCCAAGGGCGUUCCCUUCUUCUCGCCAGAGCAAGAUCCUCCCGCUGGUCUGGCCAUCAAGCCCCAGAACGGAAGACCUGUCCCUAGACUGUUCCAGCCGCUCAAGAUUCGCAAUGUUACCUUGCAGAACAGAAUCUGGGUCAGCCCCAUGUGCCAGUACUCAAGCCAUGAGGGUUUCAUGACGCCUUGGCAUCUUGCCCAUUACGGCGGUAUGGCCCAGCGUGGUCCUGGACUCAUGAUGAUUGAGGCUACUGCCGUCCAGGCCAAUGGUCGAAUUACACCUGAGGAUGCUGGUAUCUGGCUCGAUGCUCAUGUCGAUACUCUCCGCAAGAACGUCGACUUCGCCCACAGCCAAAACGCCAAGAUCGCCAUCCAGCUCGCCCACGCUGGUCGCAAAGCCAGCUGCGUCGCCCCAUGGAUCAGCGCUGGCGCCGUUGCCACAGAGGAAGCCGGCGGCUGGCCCGACGAUGUCGUGGGUCCCAGCACCGAGCGUUUUGACGACGAGUACCCUACCCCUCGCAGCAUAACCAUCAGCGAAAUCGAACAGCUUAAGAGGGACUUCGUCAAAGGCGCUAAGCGUGCUGUUUCCGCUGGCUUUGAUGUGAUUGAGCUGCACUUCGCCCAUGGCUACCUCGUCAGCUCAUUCCUGACACCAGCCGUUAACAAGCGAACUGAUCAGUACGGCGGCAGCUUCGAGAACCGCACCCGUCUCGCCCUCGAGCUCGUCGAUGCUGUCCGCGCUGUGAUCCCCGAGACCAUGCCUCUGUUCGUGCGCCUCAGCGCCACAGACUGGCUCGACACCAACCCCAACUACAGCGGCGAGAGCUGGACCGUCGACCAAGCCGCCAAGCUCUCUGCCCUCCUUGCCGACCGCGGUGUCGAUGUCAUCGACGUGUCCAGCGGCGGAAACCACCGCGAGCAAAAGGUGCAGGGCGGCCCAGGCUACCAGGCCAAGUUCGCCAAGCACAUCAAGAAGGUGGUCGGCGACAAGGCCCUCGUGAGUUCCGUGGGCAACAUCAAGACCGGCACUCAAGCAGAGGAGAUUAUCUCAGGCGGAAAGGAUGAGGAUGAUGCACAGCUUGAUCUUAUUGCAGCAGGACGAUUGUUCCAGAAGAACCCCGGCCUGGUGUGGGCGUGGGCGGAGGAUUUGGAUAUUGAGAUCCAGAUUGCGCAUCAGAUCAGAUGGGGAUUUGGAGGCCGGGCGACGAAGAAGCAGGAUUAUGUCGAGAUGGCUAACCUCUAA